AUGCCAGAGCAUACUCCUGCACCCACACCGGCAAGGUCACUAUAUGGGUUUUUCAUGUAUUUAUUUAGUCAAACAAUGAUGUUUAUAUAUUUUAUAUGGGCAAUUACUCCAGAUUCUUGUCUUCAUUAUUUCAAUAUUUAUUACUAUCCACAAAAGUAUUGGUCCACAGCUGUGCCAAUACAAUGUCUAGUAGCAUUAACUAUUUUUGCAUUUUUAAUAUAUCCUAGUUCUAAUUUGAUGUUAACUGCUAACAUAGAUAGUAUUAGUACUAUAAGUGAUCCCCAUGCUCAUUACACUUGUGAAAGAAAUGAAACUAACAAUAAUAGAAACGAACAGUGUGUAUGUAUUGAUGUAAAUAAAUGUGUAAAGAACUCUCACAUAACUUUAGAAGAAGAGCUGGAAGAAAAUACAGUGCCUCCAUUACAUGAUCUAAAUAUCCGCUUAGUUUGUAAGAAAUUGUACUUCAAAGAAUACCUAUAG